UUCUAGAUUAGUUGUCGCCAUGGGUUUUGGAGACUUGAAAAGCCCCGCUGGCCUCCAGGUGCUCAAUGACUACUUGGCGGACAAGAGUUACAUAGAGGGAUAUAUGUCAUCACAAGCAGAUGUGGCAGUAUUUGAAGCCGUCUCCGGCCCACCACCUGCUGACUUAUGUCAUGCCCUCCGUUGGUAUAAUCACAUCAAAUCUUAUGAGAAGGAAAAGGCCAGCCUGCCAGGAGUGAAGAAAGCUUUGGGCAAGUAUGGCCCUGCUAAUGUGGAAGACACCGCAGAAAGUGGAGCUACAGAUAGUAAAGAUGAUGAGCACAUGGAUCUCUUUGGAUCUGAUGAGGAGGAGGGAAGUGAAGAAGCCAAGAGGCUAAGAGAAGAACACCUUGCCCAGUAUGAGUCAAAGAAAGCCAGAAAACAAGCACUUGUCACCAAGUCUUCCAUCUUAUUAGAUGUGAAACCUUGGGAUGAUGAGACCGAUAUGGCAAAACUAGAGGAAUGUGUCAGAAGCAUUCAAGCAGAUGGCUUGGUCUGGGGCUCUUCUAAACUAGUUCCGGUUGGGUAUGGCAUUAAAAAACUUCAAACACAGUGUGUAAUUGAAGAUGACAAAGUUGGGACAGACAUGCUGGAGGAGCAGAUCACUGCUUUCGACGAGUAUGUACAGUUUAUGGAUGUGGCUGCAUUCAACAAGAUCUAAAAUCCAUCAUGGAUCAGUGCCCUUAAAUAAAAGUUUGAAAGACAAAAAAUAAAUAAA